AUGGAGCUCAGUAGCAAGUGGCAGACGUCGAAAACGGGCGUGACCAGCGCCGAGGCGACGUCCCAGCGCGGCCACGCCCCCACCGGCGGGUACGCCCCGGGCGGCGGGUACCCGACGGUCGGUGGGUACGCCGUGGUCGGCGGGUACGGCCCGGCCGGCUCGUACGGUGGCGCGUACCCGGGCGGCCCGUACACGCCCGGGUGCGGCCGGUACGGCCAGAAGCCGCGCAUCGAAUCGUACGGCGUCUGGUACCAGGGCGGCGGCGCGUACGGCCCCGCGUACGGACCGUAA